GUUCAUCUCUGUUCAAACAUUUUUGGGCAUCUCUCCAAGGAGCGGGAAAGCAGGCGGUGGGGUGCAUGGGGGUGGGCGAGGAGCACCCAUUCCUCCCUUCAGCUUGGCCGCCUUCAGGAGUGACGCAAGACCUCGGGGACCAGCGUGGGGAUCAGCAUAGAGACCAGGGAAGGAAAAGCGUGCCCUACGCGUAGGAUGCAGGAAACGAAACCGACAGCCGUGCGUGUCAGGUUACUCCAUUUCCCGCUGACUUCGGAGGAGGUUGUGUGACAUCUGUGCCGGGCGGUUACAGGGCAAAGGGGAGAAGAGUCACCGCCCGGCGCCCAGGUCCCAGGACCCUGGCUCUCUCCGGGCUGCGCGGGAACAGCUGCAGGGCAGGCAGAACUAUUUAAAUCAUGGACAAACAAAACGUGCUAAUGAACACUCCUCAUCCAAGAACAGAUGUGCCGCCACCUGGGUAUCCUCCUCAGUAUCCACCAGCAGCAUUACAAGGACCCCCAGGCCAUACUGAAUACCCCAAGCCCCAGGCUGGCUACCCAGUCCCACCAGCUGACUACUCAGUUCCACCAGCUGGCUACCCAGUCCCACCAGCUGGCUACCCAGUCCCACCGCCUGGCUAUUCACAUGCUGGCCCAGCUGGCUUCGCUGUUCAGAAUCAGCCUGUAUAUAAUCAGCCAGGUGGACCUGCAGGGGUACCAUGGAUGCCAGCACCACCACCUCCAUUAAACUGUCCACCUGGAUUGGAAUAUUUAAGUCAGAUAAAUCAGGUACUGAUUCAUCAGCAAAUUGAACUUUUGGAAGUCUUAACAGGUUUUGAAACUAAUAACAAAUACGAAAUUAAGAACAGUCUUGGACAGAGGGUUUACUUUGCAGUGGAAGAUACUGAUUUCUGUACCAGAAAUUGCUGUGGGCCAUCUAGGCCGUUUACAUUGAGGAUUAUUGAUAAUAUGGGUAAAGAAGUCAUAACUCUGACGAGACCGCUAAGAUGUUCCAGCUGUUGUUUCCCCUGCUGCCUUCAGGAGUUAGAAAUCCAAGCCCCUCCUGGUGUACCAGUAGGUUAUGUUAUUCAGAACUGGCACCCAUGUCUGCCAAAGUUUACAAUUCAAAAUGAGAAAAGAGAGGAUGUACUAAAAAUCACUGGUCCAUGUGUUGUGUGCAGCUGUUGUGCAGAUAUUGAUUUUGAGGUUAAAUCUCUUGAUGAACAAAUUGUGGUUGGCAAGAUUUCCAAGCAGUGGUCUGGGCUUUUGAGAGAGGCAUUUACAGAUGCUGAUAACUUUGGGAUCCAAUUCCCUUUAGACCUUGAUGUUAAAAUGAAAGCUGUGAUGAUUGGUGCCUGUUUCCUCAUUGACUUCAUGUUUUUUGAAAAAACUGGAAACCAGGAACAAAGAUCAGUACUGUGGUAGUAGACUGGUGAAAGUCCCCUCAGAAAUUUGCAGUAUAUAUAUUGGUUGGGACUAUCUAAAAGGAAAAAGGAAAAAGUGUGUUUCUCCUCUUUUUUUUUUUUUUUUUAAAUUACUGAUACCUGUCUGAAUUAAGCUGUGAUGCCUUUACCUCCAGUUGUAUGAUUCUUCUUUUACAAUUAUAGAGUUUAUUUUCUGUAUCACUGAUUUAUAAAGGUAAUAUUCAUUGAGAAUUUGGAAAAAAAGACAUAGGAGUUUUUACAUUUAUAAAUGAAACUUCCUAUUGAAAACUGCUUUGAAUUAUAAUCUCUGAUUUAUUUUCUAUUUUCAUAACAAAAUUAAAGCCUUAUUAGAAUAAUCUUAAUAAAAAUUAUAUUUUACUCUAUUAAAUCUAGUUACACUUUAUUUCAGACAUACCAACUAGUAUUAUUUUGCAAAUAUGAUACAUUCAAAAAACUUAAAAAAUAAGUUUUUUAUCAUUAUGUUCAGAUAAUACUCAAUAUACAUCUUAUCCAGGAUAAUUAAAAUGUUCAUUUUUUUUGAUCUUCAGAAAAUCACACUAUGUUUAACUUCUCCUAUAAGUUAAUCUAUCACUAUAAAUAUUUUCAUAUUUACAGGACAAUAAAUUACUCAUUUUUAAAUGACUUUAAGGAAAAAAAGACAUGAUUUUCUUUCAGAGAAAGACAUAUUUUAAAGACUCACUGGCUCUAAAACUUUGGUAUUUUAAUGAAUUUUGAUGUUAUUAUUUAUACGUGGAAUGUUUAACUCCUAUAUUGUGUCAUUUCUAAAACAAGGUAAUUGAGAUUACUCAGGCAUUAAUUAAAUAGAACAUACAUAUUUUUUCACAGAGUAUAAAUCUAAAUAAUAGUCUAUUAGAUUAUUUAUACCAAU